UUGGCUCCACCCACAAUCCAACGCAGGCAGGGGAACCUCCGGAAUAAGUCUAAGAAACAAUGGGCUACUGAACUGCGGCUCUGUAAUUAAAUGUAUUGUUAAGGCGCAGAGUUUGACUUGGGGAUCUAUUUAAAGCGAUCGAGAUCUGAGUGGAAUACCAGAACGACAGGAAUUGUGUGUUUUGUAUAGUUCGGCAGGGAUUUUAAUCAGCUGUUGUGUGUGACAACGAUCAAGCAGUAAGCCGCAUACAGACAAAUCCGAUCGUAUUGUAAGCAGCUACUAGGGAGCUGAUAGAGGCAGUGGCAACAUAUAUUUUAUUUUAUUUGUAUUCGUUGCUUGUGUGUUGACUUGCGCAACUUGAACAUUUGUCAGUCACUAUUUUUAGCUCCUGCGGCUUUAGAAGAAACAACAAUUUGCGCAGGUCGGAGAGGAGAGAAAAAACGUCGUGAUAGACACGUAAAGUGUUGACGCCACCAUUUUUCUGUUCCCGGUGGAUCUGUAAGCGAGAUCGCCUCCCUGAAUAAUUAAAUAAGUGUAAAAUGAGCUCGGAGGAAGUGGCAGCACCGAACAAGAACACAGCUAACGAUGGGGAUGGCAUGUCCUGGUGGUACCGGUGGGUAUGCAAGACUGCUGCCGUACUGGGUGGAAUCUCCUGUGCUGUGAUGGGUAUUUGGAACUGUGUAACUGUGUACCCCUUAAAUAUCGCUGCAGGAGUCUGGAUGGUAUUGACUGCAUGUGUGUUAUUCAUCUGUGAAGUCCCAUUCUGCUGUCAGUUUGUGGAGUUUGCGAAUGCCGUGGCAGACCGAGCGGACAGGAUGCGACCGUGGCAGAAAGCAGUGCUUUACUGUGGGAUGGCACUGUUCCCUGUAUUUCUCAGCCUGUCCAUCACUACACUGUUUGGGAACGCUAUUGCCUUUGCAACUGGAGUGCUUUAUGGACUUGUUUCCCUUGGAAAGAAGGGGGACGCGGUUAGCUACGCUCGGCUGCAGCACCAGAAACAAGCUGAUGAGGAAAAACUUGCCGGCACGACAGAUGGCUCAGCUCCGUGAAUCCUCUGCCUUCUUCCGUUUCCUCUCGUUCUUCUACCUCUCCCAUCCUGUUCUCCAUCUCUGUGUCUGGAAGAUUCUUGUAGACUCAUGAUGUGAUUUUUAUUCAUGCUAAAAUGUACUUUUCCAUCAGGGCUGAGAUCUAUGGUCUCUCAAUUAUCAUGUUGUAUAUUCCAUUUUUGGUGUUUGAAUUUAUUAUCUGCUGCAAGGGUGCUCUGCAAGGGUUAUGAUUUCCCUUUUUAUUUAUUUGAAAUAAUUGUUUCGGUAACUUAACCAACCUCAUACAGAGUCACCUGAACUGAAAACCAGAAUGCAUGUUACUGACUUUUUCUCAAUUCUCUUUUGAUGCAUAUUCAAGCCUUUGCUUACUGCAGCUGUUGAAAGUUGUGAUGUGUGAUUUUUCACCUAAAUUCUCUACUUUGUGGAUUAAAACUGUGACUAGAA